AUGUUUGCUGCGGAGGAACCAUUACCAGCAUCAGUAAAAGUACCAUUGUUUGCUCUUUAUAUUUCUUUCUUAUCAUAUCUUUCAGGACCUGUUGGACUAUACAUUGGUCACACGCUUCUUAUAGCACUAUAUUAUUACCGAGUUAUUGUUAUGUUCUUUUUUGCCUUAAUAUGGACAAUUAUCAGUUUCAAUGAGCGGAAAACUAUCUUAGACACUGUCCUUGUAACAUUAUGGUCUUUGACGGCACUUACCUAUUUUAUUGGAUGGUAUGUUCAUAGAAGGACGUAUAAGUUUUUCAGCACUAGAUGGGCAGGAUACGAUGAUGGUGAUUUGAUAUUUGCUGCCAAGUUACGAGCUCAAGGCUUACCUGUUACUGCUUACAAUAUGCACGAAUAUUUUGCUUCCAUUAAGCUGGAACAUGAAUCCGCAAGACUGCAUAACAAAGAGUUCGUAGUUGCAGCAAAAAAAGAUUAG